AUGGCUGUUGAGUUGAGAGUUUCAGAAAUAGAGAAAAUGGGGAAGUACUUAGGGAUUCCAUCGGAUUGGGGAGGCUCAAAGAAGGAUAUCUUUGCCUGGAUUUUAGCCAGAGUUAACAUGAAGCUAGAGACCUGGAAGGAAAAUUUGCUGUCAAACGGAGGCAAAGAGAUAUUGAUUAAAUCGGUGGUGCAGGCCAUUCCGCAAUACGCAAUGUCCAUUUUCAAAAUCCCUGUGUCAAUUUGCAAGGCAAUUGAGAAGAAAAUUGCCAAUUUCUGGUGGAGGAAUGGUAGCAAAAAUGCUGGGGUUCAUUGGAAAAAAUGGGAAAUUUUGAAACUAAGGAAGGAUGAAGGAGGUCUUGGCUUCAAAGAUUUACUAGCUUUCAAUAAGGCGAUGCUAGGAAAGCAAGCGUGGCGCAUUUCACAGCAACCUCAAUCCCUCUUAAGUCAAUUCAUGAAGGGUCUCUAUUAUCCUAAAUGCGAGUUUUGGAAUGCUGGAAUAGGCUCCCGACCCUCAUGGGGAUGGUGA